UUCUCAUUUGCUCUGACAUGCACUGUCAGCUGUAAGGUCUUAUACAGACAGGUGUGUGUCUUUCCUAACCAAGUCCAAUCAGUUUAAUUAAACAUAGCUGGACUCCAAUGAAGGAGUAGAACCAUCUCAAGGAGCAUCAGAAGAAAUGGACAAGACUCAUGUAAGUAUGUCCUGUACCCACAGUUUGCUGUGUAACUGACCACAGGCACCUGGGUCUGUGUAUUCAUGGUGGGAGAAGUGACCUGACCAGAGAAACCUGCUUUACUUGCUGAAAUGACUGUAAUGAGAUGAUCAGUAAUCAGUUGCUUUGGUCUUCAAGAUGCUCAACAUCAUCUCCCACGUCCUGCGGUCAUCUCCUCAGAGAAAAGGAUCUGUAGUGGUAAUGUCAGCACGUACAUAUGCUGACUUCACCACUCAGGCUACCUUUGAAAUAAAGAAAGGUGAUGUCCACAGGCUGAACGAGGCCCUGGACACUCAGGUGGUUCUGACUCGUCAGGAAGGUUUGCGGUACUACCACGCCAUGCAGACGAUCAGGUGUUUAGAGCUGAAGGCUGGACAGCUCUUUCGCCAGAAGAUCAUCAGAGGUGCCUGCCACUUGUACAAUGGCCAGGAAGCCUGUGCAGUUGGUAUUGAUGCAUCAGUUAACUCAACAGACCCCCUGAUCGCUACAUAUCGUAAUCAUGGCUACAUUUACACCAGGGGCGGGUCCCUGAAGGGAAUCCUGGCUGAACUUGCUGGCCGAAGAGGAGGUAUUUCAAAGGGCAGAGGAGGCUCCAUGCACAUGUUCACUAAAACCUUUUAUGGAGGAAAUGGUAUUGUUGCAUCACAGGUUCCCGUGGGUGCUGGUCUGGCUCUGGCUUUAAAGUAUCAGGACAAGAGUGCACUGAGUGUUUGUGUCUAUGGUGAUGGUGCAGCCAAUCAGGGUCAGGUGUUUGAAACCUUUAACAUGGCGGCUCUUUGGAAGCUGCCCGUCAUUUUCGUCUGUGAGAACAACAAGUUUGGUAAAUUUACACCGAUGGAGCGAACUAGUGCAAAUACAGACUUCUACAAGAGAGGAGACGUCAUUCCUGGACUCAGGGUGGAUGGGAUGGACAUUCUUUGUGUUCGUGAGGCGACCAGGUUUGCAGCUGACCACUGCCGAUCAGGAAAGGGUCCCAUCAUACUGGAGCUUCAGACUUACCGUUUUAUUGGACAUAGAGAGGGGGAUAAAUCACUGAGCUAUCGCACGCAGGAAGAGGUCGACGAAGUCAGCAGAACAAGUGAUCCCAUCUGCAUACUGAGGGAGCGCCUGCUCAGCAACAACAUGACCAGCGUGGAGGAGCUCAAGGAGAUCGAUGUGGGAAUUAUCAAAGACGUUGAAGAAGCUGCAGAUUUUGCCGUGACAAACCCUGAACCCCCACUGGAGGAUCUGUGUAACCACAUCUACUGUAACAAUCCUCCCCUGGAGGUGCGAGACAAAAACCCAUGGACCAAGCUGAAGUCUGUUAGCUAAAGUUUAUUACCACCUUACACACUACUCCUUUGUAGUUUGUAACAUUUUAACACAGAGUAGAAAUGUAUAGAUCAGAUUUUGUAUCUUAAAAAAAACAAUGAAUAAAUAAUAAAUAAUAAUGUGUUAUUUUUUAAGUUAUGGUGCACAAUUACCCUGAUGUACU